AUGGUCGUGCUAUCACAGGCUACAUUCUUCAUUUUGUGUGGUAAGUUGACUGUCCUGUUGUUUGGUAAAGAGAUCGUCACGAAACUUGUACGUCAAUCGAAUUCGACUCUGGGUUACGUGGGCAGUAGACAUGUAGUCAGGAACAAGUCUAAAGACAUCCACCGCAAUGAAGUUGUGGAUGCACAGCGCAGCGGGCCACCAGUCGGCAAAUCUGAUUGGUUUAACCUUGAGCCAAUUCGACGUGCAUGGUUCCAUCACUUGAACAAAACGAGCAAAUUUGGAGUAGACGUAAAACAGCAGAAUGAUAGGAAGAAAGUUGCCAAAAACAUAAAGCCAGUAGAAGGCGAGGACUAUGUCAAGGAUAUGACAGCAGAUAAGGUAGAAGACUUCGACCUUGGGACUGUGGAUCUCCUGUCAGAUCACAUUGAUAGUAUUGACCUCGUCAAUUGUGAUGUGGGGGCCGGAAGGAUUGGACCCGCUCGACCCGGGCAGAAAAGAGAUGAGGCAGUUAGUCAGGCUGUUGAAGUGGACUUCAGCGCAAUGAAGAUCCUAGUGGAUAAAUGUGUGCAAAUCUACCCCGAAGUGAUGGAAGAAAAAACAUCAAUGGAGAGUUUUCAGCCACCGGUUGUGUCAUCAAAGAAUCAUCCAACAAAUGAACCACAGAGUCAAGGCCAUUCCUUUAUCGAGAUGUUCACUGCCAUGGAUGGUCUCCAUAUGCCCGAUUUUACCAAUCUAAUGGGUGUGCCUGAUGAGGAACUGCUUAUGGACAUCUUGGUGGAUGAAUUGGCAUUCGCAGGCUGUGGGCAGGAUGCCUGUGUUGAUGUGGAGCAUUGCCUAAACCAACUGCUUGUGGACCUGGAGGAAAAGUCGCUUGAAACGAAGAUAAAAGGGCGUGCUACCUUGCCCGUGGUGACAAAACGCAUGAGUUCCUUCCAACCCACACAGGCGACUGUGUGUGCUAAACGAAGAAGAAUUGACGGGCAGGAGAGUUAUGCUCUUUAG